AUGUUAGAAGUAUUGAAGAGCAAUCGUGAAUUUCUCAUUUUAAAAGAUUCUGUUUUUAGGGACUAUGGAACUGUUCCAGAAGUGAAUCCAUCUAAUCCCUUGCAUUGGACUUUUGAUACGGCCACAACGCACAGUGAUUGUUGUACAGCAACAACCAGUCGUGAGUCCACUUCGUCGCGCAACUCCUCAUCACGACCGCUCAAUCAGCCCCACUCUUCGCAUCCGCAUCAACAUCAGCCCCAAUAUCCUCAUCAAUCGCUGAAUCAAGCACUGCCUCCCCAACCCAUCCAUCGUCAACCUGUCCUGAAUCAACGCUCAAAUUCAGUUGCAUCCACAUCUUCCACCACUGUUAUUCCUGAUAGAGCGCACACCAGUAAUUGUGCAACAAGCUCGGCCAUUGCAGCCACUCCAAUAACCGCUUGUCAUCGUCAACCAGCCAGUGCUAUCGGUUUGAGUGGAAUCACCGACAGUGUCGUCAUUUCUGAUAGCAGCAAUAUUAGUGCUGUAUCGCAACCCUCACUGUCAGUGCCAUCAGAACGUUGUCCUCUAGCGAAUACGUCUGCAUCAACAUCGCAUCUGCUCAACGUCAACAAAUCAACGUCGAGAACACUUCCACUGUUCGAAUCGACCGCAUCCUCUCCGUCCACAUCCGUUUUACCGCAAAAAUCGCUGAAAACAACAUCGGCUAGUGCGUUACGCUCACUACCAUCUCAACUCUCAAAGGCUGAAAUCAAACAAACACCGUUCGCAGAGUCAGCGGUUCAGUUCACAAUACCACCACAUUUACCGUUAAGCAGUGACGACGACGCAUUAGCCUACAGUAUGGGUUCACAGCAUAUGGCACCACUCGCAACACCUGAACAUAUUGAAAUCGCAUCCGAUUAUAUGACUGUCAAGGAUGCAUUAGGAUGUGGUGAGGAGGAUACAGAAGAAGAGGAUUGUGCAUAUGCCACAUUGGAUUUUUCGAGUUGUUCAUCGAACGCAACACCAAUCGGUGAUAUUAAUACCAAUCUAACAACUGCACCCUCAUCAAAAACGACGUCAACACGCCGUAGUCCAACGGUCACUAACCAUGCAAAAAACUUGAUCGCUCACCUUCCAAAGCGUCAUCCCACUACUGCAGCACCAACAGCUACGGCCAGCAGCUCACCAGCCGCGCAAUCACCUCAGUCGAAAACGUCGGCUAAUUUGCAGUCCGCUUCUGUAUCAUCGUCAUCUUCAGCGUCACUUAACCAGCCGUCUUCAUCUACAGGUGAUAUUGCAUCAUCAGUAUUACCGGUCAGUCACCAUCAACAAAAUUCUCGGCAUGAUUGUGAUGGUAAAACCAACGACAGCCACAAAGGUGUAACGCAGAUAGCCACACAGAGCAUCAUCAUCAGCGCUUCAGUGCCAUCAACGAAUCUGACAGCAGCCAAACAACAUCGUCGAGCCGAUAAAUCUCCACUGGCACGGCAACCACAAAUAAAUGUCGAAGCACAUGCUGCCAACGAUAAUGCGGCGAUCUCGGUAAGAACUAAUAGAGUUCCGAAUAUGGCUGCGUUAAACCCUCAAACAGAAGCGCCAAAGUCUAAGCGACUUCAACUACAACGACAAAAAGCCCCGCCGUUGAUCAAAACAAAACUGGUACCGCAGACCGCAGGCCGCGGCAGUGCUAUUCCAGCCAUACAUCGUUUGCACAGCAUCAGUGCUGAAUCGCUAGUGGAUGUGGGCUUGAUAAAUUCCACAAAUUUGUACGGUCAUAUCAGCAGAGCGGGCGAUGAGUUUGCAUCGACUGAUGCCGGAUCGCCAUCUUCGGCAAAGAAAUUCUCGAAGAAUCGUUUCGUACGUAAAAUGGCAUCGUCGUUUCGUUUUCGUCGAGGUACGCCGCACGCCGUCAACACCAACGGCAACAAUGACAAUGAUGGCAGUUGCCUGAACGCAUCGUCCCCAUCUCGACAGUCAACAAAAGUCAAGAAAAUUUUAUUGGACGAUGGAAUGAUUAUUGUGGACGUGAACGACGCAGCGAGUGCAACAUCCACAGAAAAUGAUGAGAAGUUGAACGAUAGCGAUAUCGGUGAUUCUGAUUCGCGAUCCGUUCCGCACAGUCCACACAGCGAACGUCGUCAUCACCACGCAUCAGUGCUGUUCAAUCGACGACGAGAACCUCCGUCAUCAAGUGAAAAGAUCUCAAACGCAUUCUCGUGGUUACCAUCUCGCUCACCGAAACGAUCGGCUGCACGAAACGUAACACUUGAAAGUACGACAGCAUACCGUCUCAAUGGGGUUGUCUCAACGUCAGAUACGCUCAAUUCGUUGGCUGCCUCAUCACCUGACUCUGUCCCUUUUUUUGUUAAGAAGUGCAUCGAGUAUAUUGAAAAGGUUGGUGGUCUUGAAACGGAAGGCUUGUAUCGAGUGCCCGGAAAUCAAGCCCAAGUAAUCGACCUGGAGCGAGCCUUCGUUGCCGACAACAGUAUCGAUUUGGAAUGCUUAUCGCUACCGGUUCAUGUGGUUGCGACUGCACUCAAAAAUUUCCUUUCAGCAUUACCUGAACCUCUUAUUCCAUACGAUAUGCACGAUAAAUUGGUGUCACUUCUGGAUGUUGCACAAGACGAAGCGUCAAAUCGUAUACGGGAAACGUUGGAAUCGUGGCCGUUGGCGAAUCAUAAUACAACAAUUUAUUUACUGGAACAUUUGGCGCGCGUUGCGAGUCAUAGUGAUAUCAAUUCAAUGGACAUUCGAAACCUAUCCAAGGUUUGGUGGCCCACACUGUUUAGACCAAAUUUCGACUCGUUCCAAUCAAUGGCCGUGUUCGUGACACGGCUCGAACUGGCCACUCAGUUGCUUAUUCGAGCAUCAUCUGAUCAGCAGCAGCAACAACAGUGA